GAACAGGGAAGUGCUUCGGUUGCCACGGAAACGGAAAAAUAUAAACGGCUGAUUGAGGAGAUGUUUGAGCUUUCUAAGACCUCAACGUGAUUCUAUGACGAACUUCAUUUCAUUUUCAUCUAAGAAAAAUGUCUUGCCCACAGAGUCAUAAGACAGGACUGGGCAGAGAAGUUAUGAAGUGGCUCCAAGCGCUGGAGCUGUCAUUUUACCCGAAGAACCUGCGCAGGGAUUUUUCCAACGGUUACCUCGUCGCAGAGAUAUUUUCUCAUUAUUACCCCCAAGACUUUUCAAUGUAUUUAUAUCACAAAGGGGUAUCAUUUUAUGCCAAGCAGCAGAACUGGAGCCGCAUACAGCAGUUUUUACAAAAGCACAAAAUGAACCUAAAGAAGGAAACAGUUGAUGGAACAAUGCACAGUAAACCAGGAGCAGCUGAGCUGUUGCUGCUAGACAUUUACGCCAUUUUAACUAAUCAAAGUGUCACUGACAUUCAGCGUCUGGUGUCACAUUUCACUGAUCAGGGGUACCAGGAGCUGCUGCCCUCGCUGGCUCGUUCCACGGCGUCAAGGGCCGUCAAGAACAAUUUGACAACAGCAAAGAUCAUGGCUCAGCCAGACAUGAGCACAAACCCAAGGAAGGCACAAAUCAUCGUCAGCAGGCACAUGGAGCACAGAGCUGCAGAGAGGUCUCUCAUCCCCGAUUCGUCAACAUGGGGAAGAGCUUCCAUUUCCUUUAAGGAGAUAAAAGUGAACCAGCCUGUCAAAUGUUCACUGGUGAACCACCAGUAAAUAGAAAACCUUUCUCAAUCACCGCAUUACAACAUGAACAUUAAUUAAUGAAUGUGUUGUCAUAGCCUCUUUCCACACUUAUGUUGAAGAAUGGUUGUUUUAGUUGUAAAAUAGUCAAAAAAUAUACGAUUGCAUGUUUUGGUUAUCUUGUUAUAUUCGUGUUUGAGGUGUCGUUUGUACCAGUAGAUGGCAGCAUUGUGCUAUACGUGAAACUUUGAGAACAGCCGAAAGAAAACAACUGGACAUAAAACAGUGCAUGUUGUCUAUACAUUAAUCUGCACUUUUGCUCUUCUUAUUGAGCCAUGGGAGUUUAUGCAAAACACUUUAUUCAUAAUUGUCAUUUUAAAAAGGAUUAAUUGAAUAUUUGGCAGUUAAUUUUAUACACUUCACCCACCCAGCUACACCCACCUAAAUCAGACAAUCAGUUACUUAAUUGGUGUACAUAAAAUAAAAAAUAUUGCUAAUGCUUUUCUUUUUUGUACAAAAUUCUGACUUUUAAUCCAAUUCAUGUUAAAUUGUAUACUAUCCAAUCCAGUCCAGAUUCAUUCAGUGCAAUUCCCAUGAAAUUCAUUACUGCACAGUUACAUUUAGAAUCUGGUCUAGCAGUUAUAUGCAGUCCAUCCAAUUAUAAUGCAAUGCAGUUAUUUUUAGUACAUCAGAAUGCCAACUAUUACAAAACUUUCUGAGGAAACCAGCAAAUUUCAUUGAAGGUUUUGUGCAGUAAUCCCCCGUCCUAAGCCCGAACAGGCCAGCAUGGAGGAAAACAACAAGAAGAAACCUCCACGAGAUCCAGGCUCAUCAACUGCUAAACCAAACUUAAGACUAAAAAGCAUUUAAUGUUAUUUAGUCUACGUACUAAUAAAAGAUUUCUCAUUGCAACUUAUCA